ACCCAUGUUCCCGGACCCGGCUCCCGUUCCUUCCGACCUUAUGAGUUACUGUUACUUCAUGAUUUAUGAACAACACUAGGGUUUAAGCCAAUUACUGGAACCAACCACCUAGUUCUCCUUCUUCCUCUUCCUUCCUCCCUCACACCAUGAAUCUAAGACUCAGACAAUUGCUUUCCAAGCAAACUCUCAAAAAUCUCACGCGAAUUUCAACUUCAUCAUCCUCCAUUUUUGUUCCUCACUACAACAAACUCAAUCACACAAAAGAUUUUCUGGGAAUUCCACCAUUUCUGAGCACCCAGAGAAAAAACUUCCAUUCUUCCCAAAUUCCCAAUCAGUCUCUCUCCUCUGCUGCCGCUGCAAUCUCACCUGAUGAAGACGAAGAUGAGGCCGCCAUGAAUGAGUUCUUAUCGAGAUUUGUGCACAUAAUGCGAGGUAAUCUAAACGAAACAUACCCAGAUUGUGAUAAAGACACCAUUGAUGCAAUGUUGUUGGUAAUAGUGGAGAAACUUGUGAGUGAGAUGGAAAAAGGGGGGAACUUGGAGGAAAAACUGAUGAUGGUGAAGGAAGAUCUAAGUGAGGAUUUGUGGAAGACAGUGUGGGAGGUGAGUAAUAAUGUGUAUAAAGAAAUGGAGAGAGAGAAAAAGAAGGAGAAGAUGAAGAAGUUUUUGCAGUCUGAGGAGGUUAAAGGGAUGGCUAGGUUUGCUAGUGAGGUGGGUGUUCGUGGGGAUAUGCUGCACGAGCUUAGGUUUAAGUGGGCACGGGAGGCGAUGGAGAAGGCCGAGUUUUAUGAGGGGUUGGAGCGGUUUGGGGAGGCGGCGAAGGCAGACGAGGAGGUGGAAGGGGUUGAGGUGGAGGCCGAGGCCGAGGCAGGUGGGGAGGAUGGUUUUGGAGUGGAGGGUAGUGCUGGUGGUGGUGGUGGUGGUUUGCCAAAGAGGCAUGGGAAGAUUAAGUAUAAGUUAUAUGGACUUGAUUUGUCAGGUUCAAAGUGGAAGGAAAUGGCUGAUAAGAUUCAUGAGGCAGAGGAGGUAAUUUUGCCACAAGAGGCUAAGGCUAUAAAUGGGAAAUGUAGAUUGGUUACUGAGAAGUUACUUGCUUUAGGGAAACAUGAUGAUUUUGAUACUGUGUUUUCUCCAUUACUGGAUGAAUGGAAGGAGUUGCUGCAGCCGAACAGGGUUGAUUGGAUUGCCUUGCUUGAGAAUCUUAAGGAACGGGAUUCUUCUUUGUACUUGAAGGUGGCAGAGCAUGUCCUUGACGAGCCUGCUUUCCAAGCUAACAUCAGGGACUACUCAAAGCUUAUUGACGCUCAUGCUAAAGAGAAUCGAUUGGAGGAUACUGAAAGAAUUCUUAACAAGAUGAGUGAAAGCAGCAUACCACCAGAUAUUAUAACCUUAACAGCUUUACUUCACCUGUAUAGUAAGGCGAACAAUCUUCAACAGGCGCAGGAGGCUUAUGAAGCACUGAUUGGUCAAGGAUUUAAGCCAGAUAUGGAGGUUUACAACUCCAUGAUAAUGGUGUAUGUCAAUGCUGGUGAGCCCAAGAAGGGUGAGUCUCUGAUGAGAGAAAUGGAGCUUAGGGACAUCAAACCCUCAGAGGAGAUUUAUAUGGCCUUGCUGCGGGCAUUUGCCAAGGCUGGUGAUAUUCAUGGAACAGAGAGAAUUGUCACGACUAUGCAAUUUGCAGGGUUCCAACCAACUGUAGAGUCUUGCACCUUACUUGUUGAGGCAUGUGCCAGAUCUGGUGAUUUAUAUGGUGCGAAAAAGAAUUUCAACUACAUGAUGAAACUUGGAUACAAGCCUGAUGAUCACUGUACUUCAAUCAUGAUUUCUGCAUACGAAAAGAAAAACUGCUUAGACGACGCAUUGCGUCUGUUGAUGCGGCUGGAAAAGGAUGGAUUUGAACUUGGAGUUUUGACUUACAGUGUUUUGGUAGAUUGGCUGGGUCAGUUACAGUUGAUUGACGAGGCUGAGCAAAUAUUGACCAGAAUUGCUCAGCUUGGUGAGGCCCCUCCUUUUAAGAUUCAAGUAAGCGUUUGUGACAUGUAUGCUAGAGCUGGCAUUGAGAAGAAGGCACUUCAGGCCUUGGGGGUCUUGGAGGCUAAGAAGGAGCUUUUAGAACAAAAGGAUUAUGAGAGAAUUAUAAUGGCACUUUCAAAAGGUGGGUUCGCGCAAAAUGCACAAAAAAUACUAAACCUGAUGAAAGAUCAGGGAUUCACUCCAUCAGAGGAUGUCAGUUUUACACUGAUGUCAGUGGGAGCCUUUGGUACUGGUAGCAAGAAACCAGGAAUGAGAUGAUCGUGGCUGGUUAGUUCUUGAGCAGUGGCAAAUUGAUUAGAACUUCUGCUAGCAGAUUUGACCAAUCAAGAUAGUCUUUAGAUCCUCAUAUAACCACAUGUCCCCGCUUUGAUUUUACGCAUCUACAAGAGUGCCUUGCUUGUUGCUACUAUAAACAGUUGUUUGUAGUUGUUACUUCUCUGUGCACGAGAACAUGAAAUUAUCUUGUAGAAUCUCAAUUUGUUGAUUUUCCCAUCAUCCGUGGUUUUGCUUCGCACCUAUGUCAUUAAGAUUCAUACACGUAUACUCUUCGAUUAUCUGCUUUUUUGUCACUUAAGAGUAGGAAUUUAUUUCAUCCUCCGUAUUUUAUUGUACGUUAGAGCAUUACAAAAGGGAUGGUUGGAUAUUCUAAUAAAAGACAAUUGACCUUUUGUAUUUGUAAUGACUGUAUUGACAGAUGGAUGAUAUAGCGAGCACCUUAUGAUUGAGA